AUGUCAACCCGGCCCGGAAACUCAGGCCAAGAGCCCGACCUCUACGACAUUACUGCUGCCGCGAGAGCUGCCGAAGCGGAAAUUAUUGAUGUUCAUCAUGGCCAGGAAGUGGGCAAAAUUCCUACAACGAGCACAAAGACACAAGAGCGCAGUGGGAAGAUGAAUGGACAAGAACGACAGAGCAGUAGAAGAAUGGCCAGCGGUGAGCCGGAUUUGGAGGAUAUCACUGCUGCGGCGAGGGAAGCGGAGAGGGAGAUUUUGGAGGGGAGGGGGAAGUAA